AUGGGUAAUAAUCAAUCUGGAAUAAGAACGUGGAAUAUGGACGAUUUAGCAUUUGGUACAUCUCCAAAUGCUAUAACAAUUGAUGACCUUCUUAAUGCAGUACAUAAUAUACGUGCAAAAUAUUUUGGUGGUGAUGCGAUUGAAAAUGAUCCAUCAAUGCAUCAAAUGCAAAAUGAUCUUUUAUCAAUUGAUCAGACACUUACAAGAUUUUUUUUUCGAAAAAAAAAUAAUCAACAAUCAUCAGAAGAUGUACCAUCCGAAGAAUAUUAUUAUGAAGAUCAACAAUCGAUACUACCUACAGAAACAAAUGAUUCAAUAUAUAAUCAACAUUAUCUCGAACCAAACCUUCUUGAUAAUAAUAUACUACCAUCAUCAAUAUCAAUAAUCGAUUUACCAAAUGAUCAAGUCAAUAGUACUAAUAAAAAUUUUUGGAAAUGUGGUAAUUGUACUGCAGAAAAUAAAAUAACUGAAAAUGUAUGUCGACGAUGUAAUCUAGCGGAAACACAAUUAUAA